UCUCUCUCUUCUGUUUCUUUGUUUGACUAAACAUGCCAGAAGGAGAGAAACGCACCUGGAGUAAUGAGUAUAUUGAUGAAAUGAUGAUGACCAAGUUUGAGUGCAUGUAACGUUGAACCGACCAAUGUGACGUAACCGCCGAGGCGUCAGAAAGAACCCCGAAAACAUGCAACUCCAAACCCUGUUUUAUUCGCUCUUUCAUUCAUUCAUUCUAUCAUUUAUUCAUUUUCACUUCUCACUCUCGCUUUCAAUUCAAUUCUCUCCCUAAAUGGCCAUAACCACUCUGAAAAUCCAGCUUCACAGCUUGAUCCGCUCCAUGUACGAUGAGGGAAUGGUGAACGAGGAUUUCCUCAACCUGCAAUCAAUGAGGCUGCAACCUCAUCGCCGCGAUUCCGUCCUCAGAGCUGUCACCUCCUACUGCUUUUAUUGCAGGAGCACGUUUUCUUCUCUCACUAGCCAAAUUGAGCAGGAGCGUGUUAAUUUUACGCGAGUUGGUGAGCUUGCUCGGGAUUUCUAUGCGAAAACCUGCAAUAUUGGUGCAGAGAGUGUAAGACGUGCAUGUGUUGAACUUGUUCAUGCUUCUGAGAAGAAAGAUAAGGAUGGUUGCUACCUGGCUUUAUAUUGGACCAAGAACAGAUUUUCUCAUUUGAGGCUCAAAUUUGAAACCCUUGUAAAGGGGGUAGUGAAUGAACUUGGUCGGAUAUACUUUUUGAAAAGUACUGGGGGAUUAGAUUGUGCUGUGCAGCUGAUUGAAAAACAUUUUGCAGAUGUAGACACGAUCCUUCAAGAGCUUUCUCAUCAUGUUGAUAUUCCAAAAGUUGACAUCUGUAAGCUGGGUUCUCUAGCUUGUGAAAUGGUGGAAAAGAGUGCAAGGCAAGAAGGAAACUGGCCAAGAGGGGAAGAAAAUGUAACAAGAAAGCAGAAUACCUAUAUCUGUUUUUUACUUCAUACACUGCAUGAUUGCAUCUGUCCAUAUUCAAUAUAACUUUUUUUUUUCUUUUAAAUAUGGAAAUGUUUCCAUCAAAGUAACUCAACCUAAAAACAUGAGCUAUUGAGCAAUGAAAGUUUGUUUUUGUUAGAGAUUUAGAACUAAUGAUUUAAAGCAAAACCUUUAUAAACAAAUGUUUAGGACUUUGAUCUUUACUAUCAUCAUUUUUCAUAAUAAAUAAUUUGAGCAUGCAUGCAUUUUCUUUGCUUCAAAUUUCAAACUCAAGAAGGCUCUUGCUUAAAGGGUGUGCGUUAUACAUUUUAAAGUUAAAACCACUUCUAGGCAGCUUAAGGUUUUACUGAAAUUUGUUUUCUAAUAAGUUUCAUAAAUAACCCUUAAAACGUGAGGAGGCUGAGUUUGAAAUGAUGAACACUGUUUGGAGUAUAUACAGCUAGCUAGUGUUCCUUGUCUAUCAAGCAAAUCAACAUACUUCCCUCCGUGGCUCUUCCCUUUUUUUCUGUAUUGUAUUCCAUUGGUUGAUUUUGCCUGCCACCUCUAACCCCUGUUGUGUUUGUUUGCAUUUAUUGCAUAUCUUUUACAUACAAUGCUUUAGUAUAAUAUGUUAAAACUUAAAAGAUCAUUGCUUGCAGUAUAUAGUUCUGUUAUUCAGGCUUUAGACCGUUGGAGAUCUCAUAUCAAUUGAUGGCAAGACCAAAGUAGUGUAUAUGAAGGGGAUUUUUACUUUAUAAGCCGAUUUUGUGGGGUUAAAUCAAAUCUAAACUCACAUUCUAAAAUAAUAUAGAGUCUAUCUUUAUUGUAACAAUUGUUGUUAGGCCAAUUGGGCAGCCUGUUAUUGGAAAGUUAUGAGAUCACCUGCAUAUGUUUAGUCUUUGACACAAGGAAGAAGUGUUAGAGAUUUCAUAUCGACUAGUAAUAAGAUCAAUGUAGUGAAUAUAAUGGAAAAACUAAAUAUCUUUUAUGCUUUAUUAUUUUAAGUAAUUGAUGAACUGUUGCGUGCUUGCAUAAGCAUGAAGGUAAUAUAAACCUAAAAUAUUAUGUUUUACUAAAAACCGAAAAACAAACAAAUAAAAAUAUUUUUUUUUAUAUAAUUAUUAUGUAACAGCAGUUAGGAAGCAUGUCAUAUGAGUACUCGUCUUUUGAAUCUUUCGUUAGACUGUUUAUAUAUGUGAUUGCUUCUAUACAAGUAGUUUGUUAUGUUCUAGAGAUGGCAUUUAGCAUGGAAUAGACGUGUUCGUUUGAAACAAUUACCUAGCUGUAUUCCUCCGUCUAAUGGGAGUGCAAGUACUUUUGUACAAACUUUUCUGCUUAAACAAAAUCCAUUCAUGACUUGCAUGGGCGUUUCUCAUUUUGCACUAUUUAACUGUAAUUACUACACAUGAAUUUAUUUUGUUAGAGGGUGCGAGCUUUUAAUGCCGGAUUUUUUUUUACAUUAAUUACUGUCUAUAAUUUUCAAUUUAUUACAUUUAAUAUCAAUCUUUUCUUUUUUUAGUGAAUAUCAUUAAAAGGGAUUGUUUUGUAGGGUAGUUUAACCUAAGAAUCAUUUUGUAUCCUUCCAUGUGAAAACAUCUCUCUUUCACACACACACAUGCAUGCAUCACGCACACAUGCUAUGCCUGAAAGCAGAGGCAGAACACAUACGGACACCCUUACUUGAAAAUUUUCAGGUAUGACUGCACAGAAUUACAAACCACCCUUCUCUAGAAGAAGAAAGUACUUGAUAAAUGUAUUAUUGUUCUUGAGGGUAUGAGAAUGUUGAUGUUGUGAGAAAUACCCAUAACUUUUGUCUUUCUGAAUAUCCUUGUAGACAUCUUUUCAAUUGUUUAACAUGAUAAAGUUGGAGAACAA